AUGAAGUUCGCCCGGGCAACAGCACUACUCUUACUCGGCUCCACAGGGGUCUCCUCUCUCACUAUCCCUCAGCCCGAGUCCGAAUCAUCCGCACUUGCUGAACGAGAUGACGCGCUUGUUUAUGGUGAAUUCCUAGACCUCGAAAAGCGACGAGGAGGAGGAGGUGGUGGAGGAGGGCGCAGUGGAGGAUCCUCGUCUUCUUCUUCUUCUUCCUCUUCUUCUGGGGGAUCUUCGGGAGGUCGUUCUGGUUCGUCUAGCAGCAGCUCAAGUGGAUCCAGUCGCGGAGGAAGCUCAUCCAGCUCAGGCAAUUCAGGCAGUUCCGGCAGCUCCGGCAGCUCUGGCAGCUCUCGCAGUGGCUCCACCAGUUCUUCCAGCAACCGCGGAGGGUCAAGCAGCAGCGGAUCAGGCACUCGAGCCUCUUACGGCGGUGGAAGAUACUAUGCCGGCGGUGCGCGUACACCCUAUACUGCUGGCGCCAGGUCUCCGGGGAGGAUCACUCCAUACCUCUUGCCAGUUGCGGCAUUGGCCUUCUUCCCAGGUAUCUGGCUGUACAGUGCCUAUGCUUACCCUUACGGCCAUCCGUACUACUACGAGAACGAGCAAAACCACCACAACGAAUCCAUGCCGGUGGUCUGUGUGUGCGAAGAGUACCAUGAGUGUGGCUGUGAUGACAACAACAACAGCACCUAUUAUCAAUCCCUAUUCAAUGGGACCCAGCCCAAAAACACCACUGUCACCCGCGUGGUCGAUGUGAACGGCACCGAAAAGAUUUAUAUCAACGGCACACUAGCCAACGGCACCACCGCUGCCGACAGUUCCUCAUCGGGGGCUUCAGCCUCAGUACAGACUUUGCUGCAUGCUAGUGGGUACUGGGUCACUGCGGCCGUGGUUGCUACCGCCGCGUGGGUAGUUUAA